AUGGCUUACGCGCAGCAAUUGCCUACUAGUGCGUUUCAAGGAGAGUUUGACGCUUUGCGAAGAGGGAGAGGGAAGGGAGGGUUGUGGCGCAGCUUUCUGAGCUUUCGACCUUUGACUGUGCUGGAGGGACGUGUCCUCUUGGGAGGGACUUCAGAUUCAACGUGGAGGCCGAAGCCUGAUUCGGAUGCCCCUCUCUCUUCAAAUCGAUUCAGGGAUCCUGUUGUAUACGCUGGCUUCAUCCUUCACUCCCCUAGCUAG